AUGACUCUACUUUGCAUAUCAUUAGAAACCUCAUACCAAACUACUUACAAUGAAGAGGAAAUUAAGACAUUACAGUACUGUUUUGCUUUGAAGCAACAAAGUGAAACGCCGGAUGCAAUAUCAAGGUCUGAUGUUUGGCUUCGUGCGUAUGAAGCAAAACAAAAGAAAGGGUCAACUGAGGAAGCUGUGGAUUCAGAAAUAGUGAAACAAGUGAAAAAGUACAAGGAAGAAGAAGAAACAUUUUCUGGACCGUCUUCUAUAAAGAAUGAUGCUGUUGCAAAAGUACUUGGUCCAGAUCCCCGAGGACGAGUAAGAGGGUAUGGGUUCGGUGCGCUACCUUCUAAAGUUGAUGCUCAACUACAUGUAAGUAACAAGGUCACAAUGUUAGAGAAUGCUCUUGCUGCUCAAACACAAGUGGUAGACAAAUUGCAAGAGAUGGUGAGAGGCCUUUGUGCUCGGCUAGACCAAGGAGGAAUUAACAAUGAACACACUAGUGCACAACAAUCUGUUACUGAGAUUGGAAAUAGAAAACGUAAAGAAAAUCCAACUGUUAGAAGUACUGGUAGUGAUAUAGCACAGAGCAAACAGAAAGAUGCAAGUGUUAGAAGUUCUUAUAAUGAGACAGAAAAUGGCAGGCCAAUUCAGCAAAGUUUUAAUGGAAAGAAGCAACAAGAUAACCCCAAAAAGGUCCAGAAGACAGGUUUGGGGAAACAAGUACAGUUGUUAAGUCGGUUUGCUAAAGAAGAAGUAGUUGUUGCAAGUGCUAGAAUUAUAUCAAAAGAUCCAGAAGUUGAGGUGCAUCAUGUGCCUCUUGGCCAUGAUUGUUGGAAAGUAUCGGUGCAUGAAGUUUUUCAUGAUAUAGCCUUGUAUCGCCCAACAAGCGAGUUUAGUAAACUUUAUGCAUCCACAGGAAGUAUGAUUGCAUGGCCUAUCAAGUACAUCAAAGUGAAUUAGGCAUUUUGGAGGUAAAAAUUGGCACCAUGCAUGGUAUGAAGAUGUUCAAAAGGUCAAACCAUGGAUCACCAUAGAUUUAUCUUUUGCAAUGAACAAAGACAAUUCUAAUCUAAGAUGCUCUCUAGUAAUCUAGAAUGUUUUCUAUUUUGGUAUGCAUUGUGAUGAUAAUUUGUUGGUAUUAAGUUGUUUCAAUUCUAUACAGUAUUGAAUUGCUAUUGGCAAUUAA